AUGACGCAGCCCAAACAGAGCCCAGCAGCACACCUAGCACAGACAGCCGUGCCGGAGCCACGCUCGCUUCGUGUUGGGUAUAUUGGAAUGCCAUCACCUCACUCCCAUGCCAGCCUGGAUCCUGAACUGUAUCGUGGGACUCGCCUUGCUAUGCGGGGCUCCCCUAGAAGGGGGGGUCGCUUUCAGGCCCCUAGAGCUCCUCCAAGACCCCCACCUCUGGAGAUUGACUGGUGGUCCUUCUCUGACACGGAUGAUGAGGAUUACAACUGGGAGGAGGAUUGGCUACCCACCAGGAGAAGGCGCCGUCGCAACGGGCGCCGCAAGAGCCGUCCUAAAACCAUCCAGGAGAACUCUGAUCCUGCCAGUCCGUCCGUUCAGCACCUGCCUCCCCAGCCAGACUACUCGCCGGCCCAGCCCCAGACCCAGCCUGUCUGCCCGCCGGUCCAGCCCCAGCCAGUGUGUUCGCCAAUCCGGCUCCAGUCUUUGUACUCACCUGAGCUGGCCGCCCUUCUGCAAGAGUUCAACGCUCUCAAACAGCCAGAGUUUGGCGGCCAACCUACUGCACUGGUCGAUCCAGUCGUCGCCGUGAGGCAAGCCCCCGAGCCGGACGUCGCCGUGAGGCCAGCCCCCGACCCGGAUGUCGAUGUGAGGCAAGCCCCCGAGCCGGACGUCGCCGUGAGGCCAGCCCCCGACCCGGACGUCGCCGUGAGGCCAGCCCCCGAGCCGGACGUCGCCGUGAGGCCAGCCCCCGAGCCGGACGUCGCCGUGAGGCCAGCCCCCGAGCCGGACGUCGCCGUGAGGCCAGCCCCCGAGCCGGACGUCGCCGUGAGGCCAGCCCCCGAGCCGGACGUCGCCGUGAGGCCAGCCCUCGAGCCGGACGCCGCCAAGCCAGCCAACCCAUCUGCUCUCGAGGGGCCUCCUGUUGCCGGUUCUGCCCUGCCAGUUGCCGGUUCUGCCCCGCCUGUUCCUGUUGCCGGUUCUGCCCCGCCUGUUCCUGUUGCCGGUUCUGCCCCGCCUGUUCCUGUUGCCGGUUCUGCCCUGCCAGUUGCCGGUUCUGCCCUGCCAGUUGCCGGUUCUGCCCCGCCAGUUGCCGGUUCUGCCCCGCCUGUUCCUGUUGACCUGUCUGUUGCCGGUUCAGCCUUGCCUGAAUCCCGCUCAGUUCCCAAAGACCCAAAGCCACCAGAAGGUCCGCCAAACUUCAAGCCGCCUGCUGCGGAUGCUUCGAGCGAGACCCCCACUUCGGAUGGGACCUCCCACAACGUUGUUCCGGUCGAGACCCCGGAUGCAGUUGGGACCAUCGAGUACAUCACUCAGGACAAGACCUUCGCUCCGGCCGGGACCCCCGGCGACAUCGCUCCUGAGCACAGCUGUCCUGCUGAGGGUCAGUCCUGCUGCCCGUCUGAAGGUCAGUCCGGCUCUCCCACUGAAGGCCCACCUGACCCUGUUCCUGUUGGUGCCGCCCCUGUUCCCAAUGGCUCCACCCCCGUUCCCGUUGGCGCCAGCCCUGGUCCCGAUGGCUCCGCCCCUGGUCCCGAUGGCUCCGCCCCCUGUCCUGAUGGCUCCGCCCCCUGUCCCGAUGACUCCGCCCCCGAUCCUGCCGGCUCCGCCCCCGGUCCCGAUGGCUCCGCCCCUGGUCCCGAUGGCUCCGCCCCCGGUCCCGAUGGCUCUGCCCCCGAUCCCGACGGCGCCGCCCCGGUCCCGACGGCUCCGCCCCCGGACCCGAAAGCGCCGCUCCCGAUCCUGAUGGCUCCGCCCCCAAUCCUGACGGCGCCACCCCCGUUUAUCCUACCUCCAAUGUCCCAACCUGCUAUGCCCCCUAUGUCUCAGCCUUCUCCCAUUACUCACCAAUGCCAUAAGCCCCUCUUUAUUCCUGUGCCCGUCACGAUCCCCCUGACUCUGCCUGUCACUAUCCCUGUGCCUGUCCCCGUCCGUGUCUUGGUGCCGACUCCCAUGUCUGUCCCAGUCCCAGUCCAUGUUGAUGUCCGUUCGACCCUUUUCCCUGCACCAGUUUAUGUGAACAUUUCUGUGACUGUACCUGUCCCCACCGUCAUCUCUGUCCCUGUCACCGUCAACAUCACUGUGCCUGUGAAAGUUCCUGUUUAUGUUCCUGUCAAUGUUCCCCAGUCCUUCCGUCUGCCUCUGUCUUUGCCCGUCCUUCAGCCUCUGCUUUGCCUUGUCCCUCCGCCGGCUCCCCCCUCCGCCCACCCGUCCUGUGCUCCCGUGCUGCGUCAUUUGUCUUCUUUUGCCAGAGUUGUCACUCUGUAUCUGUCGGACCCUUUUGAGCAGGUGCUUAAUACCUACGACUGA